CACGUGUCAGCCAACCUUUUCCUCUCCGACCUUGAGUAGAUCGGAAUCGUUGUCAACAACAAGAACACAUAAAGAAAAAAGAGACUUUUUUGGCUUACGGAGGCAGCUCGGAUCACAGUCAGCCUCCCACGCCCCAUUGAACCAGACGAAACCCUAAGAAUAUAUAUAUGUGUGUGUAUAUACACCCCCACCAUUCGUCUGUAAUAUCAACUGUCUUGUAUAAUCAGUGAUCGUCUUUUAUUAUAUUUAUAAUUGAUUUGAUUGUUUUUGGACCGUGUUCUUUAAAUAUGAAUGGUGCGAUGGCGGAAAUUAACGGCCAAGUCGACGGCGUAUUGGGCGCAUCUGCGAAGCCUGAGAAGCUCAUUAUCGAUACCGACCCUGGAAUCGAUGAUAGCAUGGCGAUCCUAAUGGCAUUUCAAACACCAGAGUUGGAAGUCUUAGGCUUGACAACCAUAUUUGGUAAUGUGACCACCGAAGAUGCCACUCGUAAUGCCUUGCUUUUGUGUGAGAUUGCAGGGCAUCCAGGUGUUCCUGUGGCAGAGGGCAGCCCUGAGCCACUGAAGGGAGGUAGGCCCCGUGUUGCCGACUUUGUUCAUGGUUCUGAUGGAUUGGGGAACAUAUCUUUGCCUUCUCCAAAGGCAAAAAAAUCUGAGAAGAGUGCUUCUGAGUUUUUGACCGAGAAGGUCAGUGAAUAUCCUGGUGAAGUGUCUAUACUUGCUCUUGGACCUUUAACAAACUUAGCUUUGGCGAUCAAAAGAGACUCUUCCUUUGCGAGCAAGGUGAAAAAGAUUGUAGUACUUGGUGGUGCUUUCUUUGCAUUGGGAAAUGUAAAUCCUGCAGCAGAAGCAAAUAUCUAUGGAGACCCAGAAGCAGCAGACGUGGUCUUCACUUCGGGGGCAAAUAUCGUUGUUGUUGGAAUUAACAUUACAACCCAAGUUAAGCUAACAGAUGAUGAUCUUCUUGAAUUGCGGCAAUCGAAAGGAAAAUAUGCUCAACUUUUAUGUGAUAUGUGCCAAUUCUAUAGGGAUUGGCAUGUGGAGUCUGAUGGUGUCUAUGGAAUUUUCCUUCACGACCCUGUUAGUUUUGUGGCACUAGUUCGGCCUGAUCUCUUCACGUACAAGAAGGGUAUUGUCAGGGUUGAGACACAGGGAAUCUGUGAGGGCCACACGCUUAUGGACCAAGGACUGAAGAAAUGGAAUGGAAGUAACCCAUGGACUGGUUAUUCUCCUCUUUCAGUAGCCUGGACUGUCGAUGUCGAUGAAGUUCUUAAUUAUACAAGAAAACUGUUGAUGAAAGCAUAAAAGCUGGGGGAAUUUGACCUCCUUCCAAAAUUGCCAGAAACCAAAAAUGAAGGACUGGUUGCCUUUGAUUUCAAAUGAUAAUUUCUUGUGACCAUUUUUCAUUGUUGUUGUGACUGGCCAAUUCUUGGAUAUGGAGGAUCGUUACGGGUCGCACAAUAGUAUCACGGUCUGCAUAAAUGUGUAUGAACAUUCAAAUAACUGAUGAUAAAAGUUGUCAGCAAUUCAAUGAGAAAAGAUUAUGAUUUAUGGGUAAAUUCAAAUGCAUGAUCUUUGCUGUUGCU